AUGGCAGACCACGAAAAGCAAAUCGAAGAGUUCGGCAAAAACGACGACUUCUGGCUCUUCGGCUAUGGGUUUGAGUCUGAUAUGGAAACCGCCGCCACAUUUCGGUACACCUUUCCCCCUUCCACAAAGGGGUUACAUACUGAGCGCAAACCAGACGAGCGCAUACCAGGCUACAUAGAAGGCUACGUGCGCCGCUUCUGGCAGGUACGCCUGCGGGCUGCUCUCCCCUCCCAUAUAGAGUUGACAAGCAGUAGCGAAGACCACCGCGGAACACCCUCCGCACCCGGCCGCGUCGCCACGCUGAUCGACCGCGCGCACUGGGAGACAUUGAGCGACACGCACGAACCCACCGAGCGCGUGUGGGGCGCUGCAUAUCAUAUUCCUAAGGCCAGAGUGCCUGAGGUAAGGGAAUAUCUUGAUAUCCGCGAGAUCAACGGGUACAGCAUCCAGUUUACGAACUUCGUUCCGUCUUCUGACCCCGAAGCGCCGGUGAAUACACUCGUUUACAUUGGCCUUCCUUCGAAUCCUCAGUUUCUCGGUCCUCAGGACCCAGAGGCCCUCGCCGCACACAUACUGAAGAGUAAAGGGCCAAGCGGGGAGAAUAGAGAGUAUCUUUUCCAGCUGGAGGAGGCGCUGAGGGGUUUGGGGAGGGGCUGGGGAUGCGCAUAUUAG